CGCUAUAAAGGCCAAGCGCCGUCCGCGAGCCUCCAGUGAUCCGUACCUCAGUGAACAGAAAUGAAGAGCUUCGCGUGUUUGUUGGUGCUCAGUGCACUCACUAUCUCUGCCUAUGGCCAGGACAACUUCAAAUGCCCCGACGAUUUCGGCUUCUACCCCCACCACAUAUCCUGCGACAAAUACUGGAAAUGUGAUAACAACGCUGCUGAACUCAAAACCUGUGGAAACGGUCUAGCAUUCGAUGCCAGUGACCCGAAAUUCUUGACUGAAAACUGCGAUUAUAUCCACAACGUUGACUGCGGAGACAGGUCACAGUUAGAACCCGCGAUCAGUACCCCCCACUGCGAGCGUCUCUACGGUAUCUUCGCCGACGACGCUAAGUGCGACGUCUUCUGGAACUGCUGGAACGGAGAGGCCUCCAGGUACCAGUGUUCUCCCGGUCUCGCCUACGACCGCGAGGCCCGUGUCUGUAUGUGGGCCGACCAAGUUCCAGAAUGUAAAAGCGACGAAGUUGCAGGAGGCUUUACUUGCCCCGCUGACAUAAAUAACGCCGGCGGCUCCUUCUCAAGGCACGCCCACCCAGAAGAUUGCAGGAAGUACUACAUCUGCUUAGAGGGUCAAGCCCGUGAAUACGGCUGCCCCAUCGGCACCGUCUUCAAAAUCGGUGAUGCCGAUGGCACCGGCAACUGCGAGGACCCCGAGGAUGUGCCCGGAUGUGAGGAUUACUACAAAGAUGUGGACCUCAAAGCACUGAAGAAACUGGGAUAUUAGCUAGAAAAAUUAGUAAUUUAGGAGUAAAACAUUGUACAGGAGUUAUAAAACAUUAAAUAAUAAUGAUUACAAGGCAUGUGUUAUAAUGCCGUUGUAACGAAAAGGGUCCUUAAGUUUUUUAUAGUUUAAAUAUACUAAUAUAACCUAAGAUAUUGCCAAAUAAAUUAGGAGUAAGUUAAUUUUAGUGGCUCUUUUAAUCUUUAUUCUUCCACUUUUUUUAUUAGACUACAUUUUGAUAUUUCAUAAAAUACAUAUUAACUUUAAGUAUGAUUUUGAUCAAUUAAAAAAUAUCCGUAAUCUAAACAUGAUUUAUUUAAAUUUAUUUACUAAAAAACUUGCCAGAAAAGUGCUAUGCAGUAUCACAAAUUGACAUUUACAACAAAUUUUAUUUACUGGAAAUUAUAACAAAAUUAUUUAUUAACAAAAUUAACAUAUUAAAUUUACGGUUUACAUUUUUCAACAUUCUUUUCUCAAUUCAAAGGACCUUUUUCAAAAUAUUUUUAUAAAUACAUACAGUGUGGCCUAAGUUUAAAAUUUUAACUUUGUACAAAAAAAUUUGUGAUGACCGUUCUUAAUGGGCCACAUUGUGUGUAAUUUACUUAGGUAUAAGACUUUGUUUUAAGAUUGACUUUAAGGUAGGUACCUAUUUGAAUAAAUAUUGAUAU